AUGGUGAUCUCUCAACACCACACAAUGGUUUACUAUCCUGCGCCAACCCGGUCACCGCUGCCCUCCCAGCCUGCCCUCCCUCCCCCAACGUGGCCCUCCAUUCUUCCCUCCAGCUUCAGGACGCCCUUCAAGGUGCCCCCAGAUGGCCUGUCGACGUCGGCAGUGGUGGGCGUGAGUGUAGGUGCGGCACUGCUGGUUAUGGUAGUAGGCGCUGUGGCGUGGGCAUGUUACCGCCGGCGUGGCGCCCACAAGAAGCUGGGGGAGCGGACGGUCACGCUCAGGAGGCCUACCGCCGUCAAGAACCCCCAGCCUCAGAGCCGCUAUCUGAAGAAGUCACCCUCGCCUACUGGUACCAAGACCCCGCCCGGAAGCAAGUCACCCAGCGGAGGCAAGACGCCACCUGGUACACGGACGCCCACAAGUGCUCUACCACCAGGGAGUUGUGCCUCCCUCACCUCCGCCUCCACCACCCCGCGCCACUCCUCACCCGCCCACCAGGGCAUGAAGGGAGGGGAGAGCGACCAGGUGGCGUACGAGAACGAGCAGGACAAGCCCAGCACACCAUCCAAGGAGGAGCUGGAGCUGAACGAACGCAACCUCACCACCAAGGAGAUGACCCCAACCCGCCUCGGCAAGCUCCACUUCAAGCUGAGGUACAACUUCGACAAGAGCGCCUUGGUAGUGACCAUCGUUAAGUGCACCGACUUGCCAGCCAAGGACCCCGCCCUCACCUCCAGUGACCCCUACGUCAAGCUGCAGCUCCUCCCGGAGAAACAGCAUAAGGUGAAGACCCGGGUGCUGCGUAAGACCCUCAACCCCGUCUACGAUGAAGAUUUCACCUUCUACGGUAUCAACUACUCACAGCUUCAGGUGAUCACGCUACACUUCGUAGUGCUGAGCUUCGACAGGUACUCCCGAGAUGACAUCAUUGGCGAGGUGGUAGCGCCCCUCGCCCAGCUGGACCUAACCAACACAGAGACCUGCCUCACUCUCGCCAGGGAGAUCAGUCCACGCUCCCUCAAGAUCCGUUCGCAGGGCCGGGGUGAGCUGCUGGUGUCCCUGUGCCACCAGCCCGCAGCCAACCGCCUCACCGUCGUUGUCCUCAAGGCUCGCAACUUACCCAAGAUGGACAUUACGGGACUGUCAGACCCCUACGUGAAGAUCUACCUGCUGUACAAUGGGCAGCGGGUGGCCAAGAAGAAGACGCACGUCAAGAAGAGGACUCUCAACCCGGUGUUUAAUGAGUCCUUUGUGUUCGACUUGCCGGCCGGAGUAGAUGGACUCGACAGCAUCAGCCUAGAGUUCCUUUUGCUCGACUGGGACCGAGUCACCAAGAACGAGGUUAUUGGUCGGCUGGAGCUGGGCGGGACCAGAGCAGCGUGCGGUUCGGCCAAUCAUCACUGGAGCGAGGUAGUGACGUCCCCGCGUCGUCAGAUAGCAGAAUGGCAUAAACUGCGGGAGUAACUUAGGAGGCACGAGUGAUGGGGCGAGGAUAACUCACCCAGAGCCACAACCAUCAUCACUAGGAGCGGCAUCAUAACGCCUCACACCGGGAACUCAUCUCAGACAUCUUUGGUCUCGAGGACAGUCUGGUCUCGUUCCGCAACUUAUUGAAAAUUUCUCAGAUAAUGUACACUGCUUGCUUAUUACUGCAAUAGGAGUGAUGUGAAUGAUUUCUGACCCACCAAGUAGUUGUGUGUUUAUGAUGCCUCCUCCUGUCCGUACAUCAUGCGGAGCGGUGUAGAGGUCUCACCCCAACCGACCUGUAAUCAAAGCAGAUGGAGCUACCAAAUGUGACAACAAUUAACCAGAAGGCCAAGUUGGGUCUACAAAUGUCCAAUGUGAAUUUUAGGUCGUUACUGUUCAAUGUUGGGUCGUACGACUGUAUUGUCUCUUGUCCUGUAAUAUGGAUCGUUGUGUGAUUACAAGUUCUCCCAGAAACAAAUAUUUUGUUUAGGAAGAUCACCUUAAUGAUAUGAACCAGACGAGUGGAACCCCCCAAUUCCAGGUCCAAUUUUAGGUUAUGUAGCUUUGUGGCAAUGCUUGUUAAGGGGGACAACUCACUGUUUCUCUGCUUCACAAGUGUAAGUUCAGUGCUUGUUCAAAAGCUUGGUUCGCCGUCUGGUGCGUGUAGUGCUUGUUCUCCAUGAUUCAUCUUUACGCUCUGCUGUAAAACCAUCAGGUGAAGGCUGUGGACUCACCCUGUGUCCAGGUUAACAUCAACGCCGGUAAACUAUACAACUUAUGGGACCUCGUCAUAGCUGGCCACUAUAGUUGGUCUCAUGCCCUGGGAGUCGACGCUCCAAAAUUGGCCACGUUGUGUCACGGCUCCGUGUCAGCAGCCAUGUAACACAUGUGUGGUACAGCUCCGUGUCACCAGCUUUGUGACACAGAUACGUGUCACAACUCAUGUCACCAGCCAUGUAUCACAGCUACUUGCCACCAACUGUAUGAUUCGGAUAAGUGUCACAAGCCAUGUGUCACAGCUGUUACCAGCCACUUGACAGAUACUUGUCACAGCUACGUGUCAUCAGUUAUGUAUCACAGCUGUGCCAUGUGUACGUUUCACCAGGUGUCACAUUUACUUGACCCCAGCUGUUAUCAGGUACUUGUCAUUAGCUGUGUGUCAGAACUACGUGUCACCUCCUGUGUGUGAGUGAUUGUACAGAGUGAUCUCAUAGUAUUUAUAUCGUAUUCUCUAUUAUUUUUGGACGAACAUAUAUAUAUAUAUAUAUAUAUAUAUAUAUAUAUAUAUAUAUAUAUAUAUAUAUAUAUAUAUAUAUAUAUAUAUAUAUAUAUGUAUUAGUUAGCGUGAGCAGCAGCAGCAGUAGUGACUCACCUCCAGCUUACCUGCGAAGUCAGGUGGUGGAGGUAACCAUUCACCAGGAUGAAACCUCUUCAGCCUUCUGUCUCCCUCUCAUAUGUUCCUCUUGCGUCUGACCUCGUGAAAACAGGCCUCAGCUUCACCUAAAGAAACGAGCUAUUACACCUCAGUGGUAAUCACGUUUUCCAUAAUUUUUCUCAUCUGUCCUAACAUGUUUUACUUGUGGGGAACCUGCUUGGCCACGAGCUCUGGGGCAGUGGGGUAGUGAGGGAAGGGGUCCGAACUCCAGGUUGGGAGGAGCCCAAAAUAAACAACACUUCACCAAAACGGUAACAAUAAAACUCGAUGAACCAAAGAAACUCUUAAACAAAAUAAAGUCAUGUCCAAUAACCACUAAAUCCCGUUAUUGCUCACUCAAUCAUAGCGAACCAGAAGAUCAUGACAAUAUUGUGAAGUACAUUUCUAUGGUGGAUAAGGUAGCCAUAUAAGGUUACAGGUUAGACGGGUGGCUUUGGGAUUUCAUUUUGUGGGCACGGAGGCGGCAACUUAUGUCUUGUCUCUGGCGUCAGACACCCUCACUACUCCACUUCUUUGUAGGUGUAGCCGAGCAGCAGCCAACCUCCUUGACGGUCCUUCUACACACUAGCUAGUCCAACAACUUCCGGAAACACAGCCUCACCUCACCUUGCUUCAACUUCUUCAUGGCCACAACUCUCCAGGAUGCUAGACAAUAAAUUUCCUAACUACCCAGAGGUGUUGAAUGGCCCUAGUAUGGUGACUGUACCUGGAGGGUCAACCACUGACAGUGCACCCACCUAACUUGAACCUUCCCGCUUCACUCUAACACACCAAUAUUCAUGAGCAUCUCUAGCUAAACAUCUUACUCUCGUCUUACUGAAAUUUUAACAACACAGAGGGGCUAAUACUGACAAAAAUUAGUGUAUAGAGAUUGUAGGUUUAUGCGCCAUAUUAUAUAUAUAUAUAUAUAUAUAUAUAUAUAUAUAUAAGUGAUUGUAAAUUUAGUUAAAAUAUAAUAUCUAUGUAAUGGAAAAACUGAAUCAUAUAAAUAACUAUAUAUACAUGUCCACUUUCAUAUUAAUAAACAUACAUGUCAGUACAUGUCUUGAACGUGAUAGAAUAUAUUUUCCUUGUUUUAGAAGCAUCAUGUAUCAUACAUAUAUGUUAAUAUGAAAUACAAUUACAAAUCGCCGUGAACGAAAAUGCAGGAUCUUCCAAAAUUUAAUUGAUAUUGAUCUGCUUAUUUUAAUUUUUGUAAAAUUUCAUAAGAUUUAGAAUACAGCAGGUCACAUCGGGUUGGUUAUUUAUGUAACUAGUACAUCAUUUUAAUAUGUAUAAAUGUUAGCAUAUUUAUUUUUUAUAAGUGUCCUGCAAUUUCAUGAGUUGUGCAGCGUGAGUGAAAGACAAAACUGCCACUGGUUAAGGUGCCAUAUGUUCCCACACAGCGACUGUGCUGUCUCGUGCUGUACGUGUCAUGUCUCACUACCAUAUCGCUCCUGCCUUUGAAGGAAUGUCAAAAUGAAAAUUUCUCGGGUGACUGACAAAAUAAAGAUAUUAAGAUACACGAGUGAAGGUGUAACAGGGUCUAGCUAUGUGAUGUUGGGUCAAAUGGGCGUCGCACAUCAGACGACACGAAAGAAUUUUCAAAAGGGAAAUUCAAAAACUAAAAUUCUGUUUUUGAGAAUGGCUGUAAGGGGAUUAUUGAUAAGAUCUGCCGUUCUCCAUUCACCUGUAAGGAUAGUCGUCGCCCACAACCCACAGGUUACUUUCACCAUAUAGUCACCACAUGUUCACCUACAGUUCCAUAUCGUUGCCUUUAUUUAUUUUAGUUCACCGGACUGGUGUAUUCAUCGUUCAUACUUGGCCACCCAGUCUUGAGAGUUCACAUCCGAUCCUAACUAUUGGCUUCCAGACUUUGCAUACCAUAGAACUGUUAAGAGAAGUUCAAAUUAGUUAAAGCUUGUCAUGUUUAAGAUUAGAAUUACACAUGAGAGUUUUGUUGGGAGUAGAGUUGGCAGGUUUAGCUACCCCACCGAGGUACCUAACCUCUAAUGUUUUAAACUGGGAAAACUGCCCUUGUUGACAGUGAGAGGCAACAGAAACAAUUUUGAUCUGUAAUUAAGUGGGAUUUUCUGAUUAAUUAGUAGCUGAAGGAAUGACCUUAGUUGUUCAGAGGAACUGGUUAAGCCUAAGGACGGACUCGGUAUGAGUUGGUUAGUUUGUCUUGAUUAUCCACCACGAGAUGUGGAUGUUACCUAAGUAUACACAAACUCUGCUUAAUAAGUCAACUAUGAGCAGAUCAAAAUUAAUGAUCUCUGAUGUACAGAGAAGUCGCUUAGUACAGUAUUUAAUCACUCGGUUAAUUUAUAAACAGUUUUCAAGACUUAAAUAACAAAAUAUUUACAACAUUUUGAUGGUGUGAGCGAAUAGUUGGUGGUGUGGAAAAGCGAGGCCCGCAGGAGUCAUCUGGGAGCUGAUAGUACACAAAUCAUCACCCGUUUAUCACAGCAGGGAGAGGGGUUGAAGGUAGGGCUGGUGUUGGUGUACAAGUGUUCGUAACUAAGAUAUUUAGUGACGAAUUAUAAACAUAUGACUAAAAAAUAAAAGUCAGAAUAUAAGACCUUUUACAGAGAACAAAUAUGAUAAUACUACAUCGUAACAUAUUUACAGCAGUUAUUGAACUUUGUUUUCCUCACGCCUGGUACAGUCUCGUUCAAGAUUCUUCGAACACUGCUGGAGACAGCUGGCAUAUCAAGGCCGUUUGUUUACUAUAGUACGUAGUAAAAAUUAUGAAUGUAAAAGUGAUCGAUGAUUGGUAACUUAGUUCCCCUUUACUUAAUUAAAUGGUUGGGCUUUGUUGUUUCGUAUUAUAUUAUACUACGUACUAUAGUAAGCAAACGGCCUUGAGUUGCCAGCUGUCUCCAGCAGUGUUCGAAGAAUCUUGAACGAGACUACACUGAAACUUGCCACAGUAGAGUUGCUUAAAUGGCAGAUUCGGUUUAUUGCUAACAAGGUAUUUGAAUAUAAAAUAAAUGUUCUUUUGUACUGUAAAUCGAGUUGAUAUAUUAAAUAAAGCUUUAUCUCAAGUUUCGUCCAGAAAUUGCGCGUGGAGCAAAUAACCUCAACACUGAUUAAUGUGAAAUUAUUAUUUAUAUAAACUGAAUUAUGAUGUCGCCCUUGUAAUAUAUAUAUAUAUAUAUAUAUAUAUAUAUAUAUAUAUAUAUAUAUAUAUAUAUAUAUAUAUAUAUAUAUUACUGAGCUGAGGAAUAGGAAUAAGAUAACAAGAGCUGGCCAUAACACAACAAGUGUAGAGGAGUGAAAAAUAAAUAUCCAGUAUCUGUC